AUGAUGAUGUCAAAUUCCAACUUUCAGGCUGCAACAAUAUGGCUGAUGAUGCUCCUCACGACGUCAUUCCUUCCCAACGAGUACAACUGGAUGGUGCAUGGAUUUUCCUCGUCUAACUUCUACAACAAGGUGGUGGAAUCAUCAUCAUCAUCAUCAUCAUCAUUUACAAGAUCAAGAUCAAAGACAAGUUUAUUUUCUAGCAACAGCAACAACAAUAACAAUCUGAGCGACAGCCAAAGUAAAGGAAAAUUACUCGUCUUGGGUGGCACUGGAUUCUUGGGACAGACCAUUUGCAAACGAGCCACCUUGGAGGGAUACGCGGUCACGAGUAUAUCCAGAAGAGGCAAACCAUCGCCCACUGAAGCUUCUGAAGCAACCCUGGGGUCUUACUUUCGAAAGGUGGAUUAUCGACAAGGGGAUGCUCGACAAUUCGAUACCAUUGCCAACAUUUUGAAAGAGGGAGGAUAUGUGGGUGUGAUUCAUUGCAUUGGUCUACUCUUUGAUGAUGACUCCGGUUUGGGAACUUACAAUCGAUUCGUAUCGGGAUCUGGAUCCAUACCUGAUGGGAGUUCUUCUUACGAUGACAUUACUCGACUGACGGCCUUCAAUGCCAUUGAUGCAACCUUGGCCUAUGUUAAAGAAUCAAAAGAAGGAGGACGGCUCGAUUCUUCGAACUUUCCCUUCGUCUUUUCGUCGGCGGCCGAAGCCGGCUGGCCUGAUGUUUCAGGAGGCCAACAAAUAGAGAAGUUCUUGGCACCCGACUGGUUGAAACGAUACCUCAAAGCAAAACGAGAAGUAGAAGCCAAAUUGAACGAAGCAUCGCCUCCAUUACGACCAGUCAUUGUCCGACCUUCUCUCAUUUACAGUCUGGAUCGACCGGCCAGUUACGUACCAGUGGGAGCCUUUUUCGUGGGCAACCGAAUAGGACUUCCCUUUGUGGAUCGACCUGUCACUGUGCAGUCCUUGGCCAAUGCCAUGGUCCGAUCCAUUUCUCGAACUUCGGUGCGAGGAGUCCAACGAUAUAAGGAGAUUGAUGCUCUGAAUCAAUAA